CUGAAGGUUUAGAAGUAAAGGAUGGGCAAAGAAAAGAUGACUAUGACUUUGAUCCGCAACAGGCUGGCGCUGCUGGUCCUAGGAAUCCUUGUCACUUUUGUCCUCUACCUGUUGCUUCCUGCAAUCCAGCAUGAAAAAUUUACUGCUUCAAUAGACAUCCCUAAACCACGGGCCAUGGAGGAAGAGGCGAAGGGUACAGGUGCUGGGAAUGUCACCAUCAUGACAGGGACAGUUUUGCACUCUUCUGUUUUCUUCAGAGAAGCUGUGCUGGUACAAAAAGAUGUGGCUUCCUCCACUGAAAGGCUGGCAGUGAUCUUCUUGCAUGGCCAAUCCUUCACAUCCAAGACAUGGGAGACUCUAGGAACACUGGCUUUGCUUGCAGAGAACGGCUAUCGCGCUGUAGCUAUUGAUUUGCCUGGUUAUGGGAGCUCCCCACGUUCAACCUCCGCUGGGACUGCAAAAGGCCGCAUUUCCUUUCUGGAGCAAGUCUUCAAGGAGCUGGGCCUUCAGAAGCCCAUUUUGAUAAGCUCAUCUAUGAGUGGCCGAUAUUCCAUUCCAUUUCUCUUUUCUAGUGGAGAACGGUUGAAGGGCUUUGUGUCUAUUGCACCAGUGGGUACAAAAGAUUUUACAGCUCAACAAUAUCAACAGGUCGAGACACCAACAUUGGUAAUUUAUGGACAGCGUGAUACUGACCUGGGUGUACAGUCUCUGCAAAGUCUUCAGCAGAUUCCCAGAUCCAGAGUUGUCAUGUUGUUGGGUGCCGGCCAUGCCUGCUAUCUCGAUAAGCCUCAGGAGUUCCACAAAGCGCUGCUGAGCUUCCUCAAUGAAUUGAAAUGACUGUGGUGUUCCUUCUUAGUUGCUCUGCUGAAUCCCAUUUUCCUUUUCCCAGGGAAAAAGUGAAGACUGAAUGUCUGUUAUGUAAUCUGGAUGAUGUGCAUAUAAAUCUGGUUCUUCAUACUUCAAGGGCUACAGAGCUGUUUGACUGUCGAUGGAAGAAUUUAUCUCUACUUGUUUGUGGGGUUACUUCUUUUACAAGCGCUCAAGGUUAUAAUUGCCAGAAUCCUACAAACUGGCAGAAGUAUUGGAUCGAGGACAUACAGAGCAGGGUAGCAUUUUCAUAUGUUUGUGAAGAGACUGAAGAACUUGAUCUGCACAUCACUAUUCAAUUUUCAUUCCUUUUAAGAGCUGAUCUCUCCAGAGAAAGGUACAACGUCAACUCCAGUAUCUUAUUUCAGGAACCUGGGCCACAGAUAUUAUCUCAAGAUUAAUAUUUUUUUUCCAUUAACCACCCCCUACUACUUUUAGUGUGCAUAUUUCUGUUUUGAGGGUGUUUUCUCGUACUUUUUAUCUUAAUUCUACUGUCGUGAUUUGGAAGGUCUGCUUUACUUUUUUCAGCAGCAGAAGGAAACCAAAUUGACAUGCUUGUCCUUGCUGGGAGCAGGUAAUAUUUGAAAUUGCCCAAAAGAAAUUUGGGAAAUUUGAAGAAAAACUUUGGAAAAGAAAUGACACAAUUUUAAGUGUAUAUUUUCUUGUAACUUUAAUGACCACUGUAAUGCAUUGGUUGCCCAACUAUAACAUGUUGACUCUCUAUGAAUGAAGUAUUUAGUUAGAAUGUGUCAUCCAGACUCUCACCUGAGGCAGGAGAAUAUGGAAGACAUAAGGACAAUGAGUCAACUUUUCAAAGAAGCAUAGUCCACAUGUUAGGAGAGGGAUGAUUUGUCCUACUCAUUAGGUCAUACGUUAUCUAGGAUUUUGAGUAUUGCAAACGUUUAAUAAAUUGUUUAUACUGGUA